AUGGCGAACAGCACGUCCACUACCCUCGUCCGCGUUGAUCGCGUGUCGCCCGGUUACGACCCCGCUGCUUUCUACAGGGAACUCGUCUACGACAAAGAGCACAGUAUCAAGGAAAUCGAGAUGAUCUAUGGCGAGUCCUAUGGCGGUUACGGUAUUACCUAUACCAUGUAUUGCUUCGUCGACUCGUAUGCCAACGCUCAACGUCUGGCUCAGACACUCGCUGGGCGCCGCCACGGGAAGUCGCACUUGAGCUCAAAAAUGCGGCUGUCGGACUUCCUCCGCGACGAGAAGGCUAUGCCUAAGACCAAGACGGUGCGUUUCGAUGGGCUUCCUGACGCGCGACGUCACGCGAUCGUAUGUGAGCUCUUCAAUGAGUCGUCAUUCGCGCUGGUCGUUGACGAGUUGGAUCCCAAUGAUUGGGAGAAGUCUGCCGAUCAAUAUAUCGAGCACGUCGAGAAUCUCUACGAUAGCGUCCUCGUCCGCUUCAAGAACGUUCAGUCAGCCUGGAGCAUCGUCAGGCGAUACAAUGGAACUUGCUACAAGAACGAUACUAUUUACCUGACGUGUGUCGAUGAUGAUGAGCUCAAUGGCAUUCUGGAGGAGAAGAAGGCUAAAGACAAGAACGUGAUGUAUUUCAUCCCAAAGAUCAAGCCUGGCGCCUCUAGGCAGGAGAUUGACAAGGUGUUUGCGCCCCACGUGCCCGACGAUGUUCAGAUGCCACCGGGCAAGCAUUAUGCCUUUGUUUUCAUGCGCCCGAACGCUGCUGCUGAAUUCAUGGAGACUUAUACGAAGGCUAUUGCAGAGGACAAGUAUAAAAAGUUUAGACGCGUUGGUUGGAACUGGCAAGUGAAUUUGGGCCGCAAGGGCAACAAGGCCAACCGUGGGUCUGCCGCCCCGUCUGCAGAAUUCAAAGCUGUGCCUGCCUCCGGUCGGAUAGACACCGAAACCUAUGGCGGGUACAGCAACCUCCCAAUGAAGGUCGACGUCCUGGUAAAUAAGGAAUCUCUUCCAACGCCUGCACCUGCUACUACUCCUGCUCCUAUUCAAGGGCAUGUCGAGAUUCGCGUCAGUGGCUUGCCUUAUGCUGCCACUGAGGAGAACGUUCAUAGACUUUUCGAGAACGCACAAUUCCAGGUCCAGGGAACGAAGCUGGAUAAUACAUACAAGGGCAACGCUCACGCUAUUGUGAAGCUGGACAGUCCUGCAGAGGCUCAGCGCGCCAUCUCGACGCUCACUGGUCGAAACCUUGUCGGCCGAAAGGGUCCAAAGAACCUAAAGUGCAAGAUUACGGUCUUGAUGGAAUCCACCUAA